AGAACACAAACACAAACAUGUAUAAAAUAAUUAUUACUCUGGCCAAAGGCAGCUCCCAAAUUUUUAAUUCCGCCAGCCAUCUUAGACUCUCAAGAGAAAACUCAACACAAAACACAUCCUAAUCAAAUAAUAUUAUAAUAAAUAUUUGUAUAACCCAUUUGGGUUCGUCUCUCGAUUGCCUAUAUACAAUCAUCUCUCGCCUCUCUGCUACCAUCUCCCUGUUUUUUCAUCAGAACUGUGAAAAAUGGAGGCAGCGACAGCAGCUAUUGUUAGGUAUCCUAUUGGCAUGUAUAAACCUUCCACUACUGUUGGCAGAUCCGUUUUUCUAGCUGCUAACGGCCCUGGCUUUUUGCGCUUUUCUACUACAAAGCAUUAUUCUUCGGUUUCAUACGGAAAGCAAGGAUAUAGACGGGAGGCUUUUGGGAAUAGAAGAUAUACAGCAGUGAGAGCAUCAUCAUCAUCAUCAGAUCGUGCUGGGCCGCCAGCUCAAAUAGCUCCACUUCAAUUGGAGUCUCCAAUAGGACAGUUCUUGUCUCAAAUAUUGAUUAAUCACCCACAUCUUGUGCCAGCUGCAGUGGAGCAGCAGCUUGAACAACUUCAAACUGAUCGCGAUGCAGAUAAACAUAAGGAGGAGCCUUCUGUUUCUGGCACUGACUUGGUAUUAUACAGGAGAAUUGCUGAGGUAAAGGCUAAUGAAAGGAGAAAAGCUUUGGAAGAGAUUUUAUAUGCUUUGGUUGUGCAGAAAUUUAUGGAUGCCAAUGUUUCUUUGGUUCCCUCGAUAGCUCCGGCUUCUGCUGAGCCAUCUGACCCGGUGGAUAUGUGGCCGCGCCAAGAUGAGAAGCUUGAGAGGCUUCACUCUCCUGAAGCCUACGAGAUGAUCCAGAACCACUUAGCACUGAUUUUGGGUAACCGGGUAGGAGAUUCAACUACAGUUGCACAAAUAAGUAAAUUAAGGGUUGGACAGGUCUAUGCAGCAUCUGUGAUGUAUGGGUAUUUCCUCAAGCGUGUUGAUCAGAGGUUUCAGCUUGAGAAGUCAAUGAAAAUCCUUCCAAGUGCUGUGGACGAGGGAGAUAAUAAUGUUCAAGAAGCUAUGAGGCCAGAUAUGAAAUCUAGUGAUGGAGAUGCUGCCUUUCAAGCUGCGUCAUCUCACCCGGAGGUGGCUUGGUCUGGUGAUGUCAGUGCUGGGGGGUUUGGUCAUGGCAUAAAGGCUUCCAGACUUCGGAGUUAUGUGAUGUCUUUCGAUGGGGAGACACUUCAAAGAUAUGCAACAAUAAGAUCCAAGGAGGCAGUUAGUAUCAUUGAGAAGCACACAGAGGCCUUGUUCGGAAGACCAGAAAUCAUCAUAACACCUCAAGGGACAGUUGAUUCUUCCAAGGAUGAACUUAUUAAGAUCAGCUUUGGUGGUUUGAAGAGACUCGUCUUAGAAGCUGUUACUUUUGGUUCUUUCCUUUGGGACGUUGAGAGCUAUGUGGAUUCAAGGUACCACUUCGUUACAAACUGAAUGUUGCUUGCCUACAUGCCUGUCAAAGAAAACUUGUUGCAGAAGUAGAACUAACCGAAUUUGAAUGUCAUUAAAGACUGUAAAAAUUUGCACCGAUAUUUCUGUAUAUAGUUUGGAUUAGGUAUUUUCUACGAUGGAUUUGCUUAAUGUGAAAUUUGGUCGCCAUUGGCGUCUCAGUUAUUCAUCAUUAUACUUGAAUACAAAAAAAAAAAAAAAAUCUUUGCAUUCUCA